AUGCCCUCUACAUUCUCACCCUCACCAAUUAUUAGAACAACCCACACCCAAUCACCAACUGAUACCUCUACAGACAGCCCAGCCUUCCCACCUUCCUCUUCUGAUCGUCUACCCACAAAUAAUUUACCCGACAAUCGUUUACCCCCAUUGUCUAGCAUCCAGCCCACUGAUUGCCUACCCACCAGUUGCUUACCCAGCGAUCAUUUACCCAACGAUCGUUCAACUCCCGAUCGUUUACCCUCAUCGUGUAAUGUCCAGCCCACUAAUCGUCUACCCACCAAUAAUUUACCCAACGAUCGUUUAUCCAGCGAUCGUUUACCCAACACCCACUUACCCACUGAUCGUUUACAACCCAAUUAUCUACCCUCCGAUCGUUUAUCUCCUGACUCCUCAUCACCUGCCGUCCAACCCACCGGUCAUUUACCUUCGUCGUCCACUGUUCAGUUUUCACCCGAUGCUGUCUCACACCCUGUACCCAUAAACACUCAUCCUAUGAUUACUCGUAAGAAGGUCGGCAUCUUCAAACCCAAAAUACUGUCCUCCCAAACCCACAAAGAUUGGUCCCUAACCAAACCUACACGAGUCACUGAUGCGCUCAAAACCAGUAGUGGAACAGCGCGAUGA